AUGCUCCGUAUGGUGGAAGGGAUGAUAGAAGCACACAAGAGUGUCAAAGAGUUGAAAGAUCUCGACGGAAUCGAUCGAGAGAGAGCCGGUGGAGACGAUCAGGGUGACGUCUCGACGCUCGAGCCCGUGGUUGGGCAGGACGAUCUCGGCGGCCAUGCAACCCAGAGGAAGUCUGACCACCAGCAUGACUCGGGCUGGUGUGAUUUUCCGCAGGUGUCACAAGCAGGGCAGUGCUUCCAAGAGCAAAAGGUCGAAUACAUAGCCAGCCAAUUCACAAGAAGAACUAAGCGACCAACUAUCACUCAAGGAUAUUUCGACAACCUUCUUGUCUCAAAUCGAUCCUGCGAAGCAUGUGCAAUUCCUGAACUGUCGCAGCAAGCUGCAAAAAGUGAAGUGGCGACGAGAUAUCUUCGGGAUACAGGUAAAGGAGAGUUUCUAUUUUGA